GGGAGGGUGACAUUCAGCUGGCCGGUCGGCGCGACGGGCUUUCCGUCCUAGAACCAUGGCCCAGUUUGUCCGUAACCUCGUGGAGAAGGCCCCGGCGCUGGUCAGCGCUGCUGUGACUUACUCGAAGCCUCGAUUGGCCACAUUUUGGCACUAUGCCAAGGUUGAGCUGGUUCCUCCAACCCCUGCUGAGAUCCCUACAGCUAUUCAGAGCUUGAAAAAAAUUAUCAAUAGUGCUCAAACUGGUAGCUUCAAACAGCUUACAGUUAAGGAAGCUCUACUGAAUGGUUUGGUGGCCACUGAGGUGUGGAUGUGGUUUUAUGUUGGCGAGAUCAUAGGCAAGCGUGGCAUCAUUGGCUAUGAUGUUUGAAGACCAGUCUUUGCUUUAUUAUUUGGGUGUUCUUGGACCAUGUGUGAGCAGACUGCUAUUUGAAUAAAAUAAGACAAUGUGUCAAAAUCAGUGUUUUCUCUGUCAAGCACUACAUGGAAGGUCACAAUUUCUCUUGAUAUUAAGUUGGGUUGUCUUUUGCUUUAAUACAUUAAUACAGCUCUAAAUGCAUGUCUUUGCUUAGCCUGAAAUUGGAAAGGAUAGAUAUGAAUAUACCAACCUGGUACAUGUAUAUAUGAGGAUAGCAUUUUACUUUGAAGUCUUGAAAUAAAUGAUAUUUAAGCUUAAUUUUAGAAAAGUUGGGGAAAGGCUUUGAGAAAACAAGAACUUGUUCCAGUAGGAGAAAAAUAAUACCAUGUGCCAAACAUGGAAUAUACUAGUUAAAUCACCUAGUAUAAAGAAUACAAUUUGGACUGUUUUUCUUUGCUAAAAUCAGAGAAAGACCCCUUUGACAACAGCUGUGUCUGUAAAUGUAGGGGUACUUUUUGUCAAUUUGAAUAUAGCUUCCCCACAAGAGACCAGCUGGGUGAUAUUCUGUGUGUCUUUGUAACAUCUUUAACACUAGGACAGAGAAUGAAAGCAAUGACCUAUGUUUUCAGUUUAAUUUUGAUAUGUUAUUAACCUGUCUUUUUUUUUUAAAGACCUACCUUUACAAAAAUAAAAUAUCCUAU